AGGGGGCAUCAUCAUUACGUACGUGGAUGGAUGGAGAGAAACAGUCAUUGCAGUCACAGCGAGUGUCUCACCAUUAUUGUUGUUGUUUGACUACCUCAGGGAUUUCAUUGAAGGAAGUGCACGAAGUACACCGAACCGUCGUAUUUAUCAUCAGCCGAUAUCAUGCCUAGUUGGCUCUUACGAGGACUUCCCCGGACGCGUCAACUGUGGCACAAUGGCCGUCCCUCCAUCAGCGCAAUUUCCACUGCCCAAGUGCACAAACCCGAGAAAUGGGAAGAUAUUUUCACGGCUCAUCCCAUCGACGCCACUGAGAAGACCUUCGGCAAGAUCUUGAUCGCCAAUCGCGGCGAAAUCGCCUGUCGAGUUAUUCGCACCGCUCGAAAGAUGGGUAUCAAAACCGUGGCUGUACAUUCAGUGGCCGAUGCCAAUUCCUUGUUCGUUAAAAUGGCCGAUGAGGCAGUGAAUAUCGGGCCUCCACCCGCCCGGGAAUCCUACUUGGUCAUGGAAAAGAUCCUGAAAGCCGUGGAGCAAACAGGUGCUCAAGCGGUUCAUCCGGGUUACGGCUUCUUAAGUGAGAACACGGUUUUUGUAUCUGAAUUGGAGAAGGCCAAGGUCACCUUCAUCGGACCGAAUUCGAAGGCCAUUGAGGGCAUGGGCGAUAAAUUGGCCUCGAAAAGGCUGGCCACUCAAGCCCAGGUGAAUGGAAUUCCCGGUUAUGAUGGCGUGGUGGAAGAUGCCGAGCAUUGCGUCAAACUUAGUAAUGAGAUUGGAUAUCCUGUCAUGAUCAAGGCCUCAGCCGGAGGAGGUGGCAAGGGCAUGAGGAUUGCUUGGAACGAUAGCGAAGCCAAGGAGGCUUUCAAAUUAUGUUCGGAAGAGGGUGCUGCUAGCUUUGGUGACGAUCGGAUGCUUGUGGAGAAGUUUGUGGACAGUCCCAGGCACGUGGAGAUUCAAGUUCUCGGAGACAAGCACGGCAACGCCAUCUACCUCAAUGAGCGUGAAUGCUCGAUUCAGAGGAGGAAUCAAAAAGUGAUUGAAGAGGCGCCCAGUCCGUUUCUGGACCCCGAAACCCGAAGAAAAAUGGGAGAACAAGCCAUAAGCCUCUCGAAAGCCAUUGGAUAUGACUUGAUGAACACCAGAUUGCAAGUGGAGCAUCCCAUUACAGAAUGCAUCACAGGGGUGGAUUUGGUUCACCAAAUGAUCCGGUCAGCGUAUGGACAUCCCUUGAGGUUGUCCCAAGAUGAUAUCCAAAUCCGGGGAUGGGCCGUCGAGAACCGCGUCUACGCCGAGGAUCCGUUCAAAAACUUUGGUAUGCCGUCUAUUGGUAGGCUUUACAAGUACGAAGAGCCCAAGAGUCUGUCUGGGGUUCGAUGCGAUUCGGGUAUUGAGGAAGGCUCCGAAAUCAGUAUGUACUACGAUCCCAUGAUCUGCAAGUUGACCACCUACGCCGACACCCGCGAAGAGGCCAUCAAAAAAUCCGUGAAUGCUCUGGACCAUUAUGUUAUUCGUGGUGUGACCCACAACAUCCCGCUACUUCGGGAUAUCCUCACGGAGACCAAGUUCAACGAAGGCAACUUCACCACCAACUACCUCCCAGAAACAUACCCUGAUGGCUUCCAAGGAGUCCAACUGACCCCCGACGAAUCUCUUGAAUUGGCAGUGAUUGCCUCGGCCAUGCACAGCAAAGAAGCCAAUCGAGCUCGACAAACCUUGAACAAUUACGUGAUCAAGAACGAGGAGAGCAACUUGGACGAGUUCGACCUCAUGGUCACCGUCAAAGGUGAAGACAUCCCCGUUCAUAUGACGAGGGAUGGCGCCCGUUUCGUGGCCAAAUCAGGCGGCAAAACCUUGGCUCUUUUGGACAAUUUCCAACUGUCGGACUCGGUGGUCAAAGCCACUUUCGAUGAGAAGGUGUCGGUGGUCCAAUUAAUUGGUCGGCAAGCUGAUGGAACUCUCCGCAUCCGAUACAAAGGCACUGCCUUGAACGUUCCCGUCAUUCCUGCUCACGCCGCUGAACUCAGGAAAUAUAUGAAGGAGAAACCCAAAUUGGAUUUGUCCAAAGUGAUCUUGUCACCCAUGCCCGGCGUUGUGAAGGCAAUCUCGGUGGAGAUUGGCCAAAUGGUUGGAGAAGGCUUGGAAUGUUGCGUGGUUGAGGCCAUGAAAAUGCAAAACUCCAUGAAAGCCUCCGCUACAGGAAAAGUCAAGGCCAUCAACAUCAAAGUCGGCGAUACCGUGGAGGAAGACCAAGUUCUUAUCGAAUUGGAAUAAGCAUUUAAAACCAACCUCAUCGAUGUCCUAAUCCAACCCAGAGUGCCGAAAAUAUAGAAUUUAAAGAGCAAUCCA